UUUUGAUAUAAUUUAGUUUGGACUUUUUGGAGAACUAGUGCAUCACAUGACUAGCUUAUUAACAAUGCUCUUAGUCUUUGGAUUGAUAUACAAUUAAGAACUAUAAAAUGAUCUGAACGCUAUUAGCAAGACUUUAUCACUAGGGACAAGAGACAAGAUAAAGACUUUGUGAAGAGCAUAAUCAUGGUUUACCACAAACUUAAAGUCAAAGUCACAAAAAACGUGAAACGCACCUGCCAAGAAAACAUCCAAAGUCCGUGGCUACAAAAGAGAAAACCCACCUGAGGCACAGAGCAACAAACACCUUAUUCUUCUCUCAGAACUUGCUUUCGGUUAACCCAUAGCAAUAGCACGAGAUGAUAGCCACAUCAUCAUUACUUACAUUCAACCAGAAGAUUAUGCAGCGUUGCAGGAAACUCCUCAUCAGACUCACCAGUAGCCGUCCCAAACGCCAUUACCGGCAUUUGAAACUUAACAAGCCUUCUUCUUCGUCAUCAUCAUCAUCCGGGAAGAAAACCACCAGAGUAGUGUCUUCGUUCUUCCUUGCCUUCCAAAAGAAGAAGCAGAAGAAGGAGAAGAUGAAGCGGCUUAACGAGCUCAGGAGUUUCUCCGAUUCCGUCAGUGAUAAGAAGGCUGGAUCAAGAAAAAAGGGAUUCCCAUCUAGUCUCACAACGUCUUGCAUUGGUCAAGGGAAGAAGGCUCAUUCACAAAAAGUCUCACAAGAUCUUGAUGCACCUAGAGACAGCACAAGCGCAUUCUUGCCAUGACUAAGCGAGAAGAUCAUCUGUAUUUUGCUUUUCAACUUGAUAUGUGAUGCGGACGUUGUAGAAUCUCUCAAUGUCAAAUAGUUUUUACACUAAGACUAUGACUCUCUCUAAGAAUGUAUCAUGAAUCCAAAUUAAAUU